AUGGUGGUGGAAGAUGUUAAAUGCAAAUGGUGCAAGGUGGAAGAAGAGGAUAUUAAUCAUGCUCUUCUAUACUGCUCAAGUUUCAAAGAAGUUCUAGAGGUACAUCUCAGUUUUUUGCAAGAUUUUCAAGCUCAUCUUGAUGUUUUGCAAAUCUUGGCUCACUUGGUCAGAAGGAAUAAACAAGGAGAAAUUGAGAAACUGUUCCUUUGUGCUUGGGGACUAUGGUAUAGAAGAAAUCAAUUUCUCUAUGAGGAGAAAAACUUAAAACCAGCAGAAGUCUUGGAUAAUGCUUUGUCAGGUUAUAGUGAAUAUCAAUCUGCAUUAGAGAAUCAACAGCAAGGAUGCAAACCUCAUUGUGGUUGGCAACUCCCACCUACAGGAGUAAUGAAGUUAAAUACAGAUGGUGCUAUUUUCCAUGACUUUUGUAGAUCAGGUGCAGGCAUGGUUCUUUGA